UCGUCGCUCUGUCGCCCGCACGCUCUUUCGGAGGAGGAGAAGGAGAAGGAGGUAUCGCCGACAAGGGUGGAGCAUUGCGUCGUCAAUACAACGAGGAAAAUCGGCCCACGCGACGGUUUGCAAAACGAAAAGACCAUCUUCCCAUCGUCCGCCAACAUCGAAUCUAUCAACAAACUCUCCUCCACCGGCCGCCCCGUCCUCGAAUCAACCUCCUUCGUAUCUCCGAAAUGAGUACCUCAAAUGGGAGACGCGACCGCUGUUCUGGAGGGAAUCAAACAGAGGGAGGGUGUGUGGUAUCCCGCACUGACGCCAAAUUUGAAGGGAUUAGAGGGUGCGAUUGCGUCUGGGGUGAAAGAAGUCGCCAUCUUUGGAGCUGCCAGUGAAAGCUUUCGUGGGAAGAAUAUCAACUGCUCAAUUGAGGAGAGUUUGAAGCGGUUUGAGGAUGUUGUUGCUAAAGUACGUGUUGGCUGUAGUAGGCUGCCCCUACGAAGGCCCCAUCGCUCCCACAAAGUCGCACAGGUAUCCCGCCGCAUGUACGACAUGGGCUGCUACGAAAUAUCCCUCGGCGACACGAUCGGAGUCGGCACCCCUGGCAAGUGCAGCACCAUGCUAGAGCACCUGAAGCAGGUCAUCCCCAUUGAGAGUCUGGCGGUGCAUUGUCAUGAUACAUAUGGGCAAGCGUUGGCGAAUAUCCUGGUUUCUUUCAUGGAGUACAUACGCGUAGUGGAUAGUUCUGUCGUGGGUCUAGGUGGCUGCCCCUAUGCCCACUGCGCAACCGGCAACGUCGCCACAGAAGACGUCCUACAUGCUCCACGGCCUCGGCUACACCACGGGCGUUGACCUACCCGGCGUCGUCUCGGUUGGGAACUGGAUUUCUGAACAGUUGGGCAGGAAGAAUGCUUCCCGCGUUGCGGCUGCUAUGACGCGUCCUGCGAGUAGGGAGAACGCGGAGGAGGCGGCGGCCAAGUUGUGAGGCCUUGCAGGGUUGUGUGUGUGUGUUGUUUACAUCUGAUUUUGCGUCGCUUGCUUGAUACUCUCCGCUUACCGCACGUAGAUAGUGUGAAAUAGAUA